AUGGCGGAGGACUUAAUUCUAAAUGAAGAUGUUAACACAGUGAAUUCUUAUUGCAAUAUUGGAAUAAACACAUUUGAGGAACAAACAAAUUUAUAUGAGGAGACGAUGGAUGAUUUGGGAAGAAAACGAAUAAGAGAUGAGGAAAAUGGUGGUGAAUGGCAACAAGUUGUAAGUCACACGAAGAAAAAAACAAAAAUAAUGGAUAGUUCAGAGAGUGAUUUUAUACAAGUUUGCAUUACAGAUACACAGAUAGUAAAUUCAACUCCCUCUGCAAAGGAUUACGUAUACAUGCCCCAAUGUACGAUAGAUGCGUCCCCAUCAUAUUCAGAAGUUCUAAGAAUGCCACAAGAAAAUCAUAAAGCAGACUCUCCAUCUCAGAAUGUUAAAAAACCUAGUGCUAAGAAAAAGAAGAAACGGGUACAAAUUUCCGAAAAUGUCUACGCAGAUUUUUCUACAGAUUCUGAUAUAGACUUAGAGAAUGAAAAUAAAACUCCCUUUACAACAAGUGAAGAAGAAAAUAAGCAACGGGAAGAAUAUCAAAAAGUCAUACAAGAUCUACUUAAUAAAUUAAAAAAUAUAAUUUUUAAUAAUAAUUUAAAAAUAACAUCUAAUAAAUAUAAA